UGGACGCGGCGCGCGUGGUCCCCGCGGCUUGGCGCACUCGCGGGGCUCCGUGCGCCUGCAAGCGGCGCGUCGCCUCGCCACGCCGGAGCAGCGGGUUGCAGCAGGAGCUGCGGGUCCAGGAGAGCAGCGGGAGCAGCGGGCGCGGGCGAACAGCCCGGGAGCAUGCCCGCGCAGCCCCGCUGAAUGGCGCCUCCCGUGCGCCCGGGGAUGCUGCCCCUGCUGCUGUUGCUGCUACUGCCGCCGCUCGGCUCGGUUCCAGGAGUGUGGAGCUUUAACGAACUGUUUUUCAUGAAAGAACCACAGGAUACAACAGUCACAAGGAAAGACCCAGUCUUUUUAGAUUGCCAGGCACACGGAGAAGGUCCCAUUAAGGUCACAUGGUUGAAAAAUGGAGCAAAAUUGUCUGAAAAUAAACGGAUCCAGGUUCUAUCUAAUGGCUCUUUAUACAUCAGUGAGGUGGAAGGCAGGCGGGGAGAGCCAACGGAUGAAGGAUUUUAUCAGUGCUUGGCAGUGAACAAAUAUGGGGCCAUUCUUAGCCAGAAGGCUCAUCUGACACUGUCAACUAUCUCUGCAUUUGAAGUCCAUCCAGUAUCUACUGAAGUCCAUGAAGGGGGAGUUGCUAGAUUUUCGUGCAAGAUUUCAUCAACACCCCCUGCAGUCAUAACGUGGGAAUUUAAUAGAACAGCCCUGCCUAUAACCAUGGACAGGGUGACUGCCCUGCCAUCAGGAGUGUUGCAGAUCUACGAUGCUAGCCCGGAGGAUGCUGGGAAUUACCGCUGUGUGGCAGCUACUGUAGCUCAUAAACGUAAAAGCAUGGAGGCCUCGCUAACUAUAGUUCCAGCUAAUGAGACCAGAUCCUUCUACAUGCCAACCAUUAUAGCCAGUCCACAGAAUGUAACCGCGUCUCUACAUCAGACAGUUGUGCUAGAGUGUAUGGCCACAGGAUACCCUAAGCCCAUCAUUUCCUGGAGCCGUCUUGAUCACAAGUCUAUUGAUGUUUUCAAUACUCGGGUACUUGGAAAUGGCAAUCUCAUUAUAUCAGACGUCAAGCUACAGCAUGCUGGAGUUUAUGUUUGUCGGGCCACCACCCCAGGCACACGCAACUUUACAGUUGCUAUGGCAACGUUAACUGUAUUAGCUCCUCCUUCAUUUGUUGAAUGGCCUGAAAGUUUAACAAGGCCACGAGCUGGCACUGCACGGUUUGUGUGUCAAGCAGAAGGAAUUCCAUCACCCAAAAUGUCCUGGUUAAAAAAUGGGAGAAGGAUACAUUCAAAUGGCAGGAUUAAAAUGUACAACAGCAAAUUGGUCAUUAAUCAGAUUAUCCCAGAAGACGAUGCUAUCUAUCAGUGCAUGGCUGAAAACAGCCAAGGAUCUGUUCUGUCUCGGGCCAGACUGACCGUGGUAAUGUCGGAAGACAGACCCAGCGCUCCUUACAACGUUCACGCUGAAACCAUGUCAAGCUCUGCUAUCCUUCUAGCUUGGGAGAGACCGCUGUACAAUUCAGACAAGGUCAUUGCCUACUCUGUACACUACAUGAAGGCGGAAGGUUUAAAUAACGAGGAAUAUCAGGUGGUCCUUGGAAACGACACAACUCAUUAUAUCAUUGAUGACUUGGAGCCUGACAGCAACUACACUUUCUACAUCGUGGCAUACAUGCCAAUGGGAGCCAGCCAGAUGUCAGAUCAUGUGACACAGAACACACUAGAAGAUGUGCCCCUAAGACCUCCCGAAAUUAGCUUGACGAGUCGAAGUCCCACUGACAUUCUGGUCUCCUGGCUGCCAAUCCCGGCCAAGUACCGGCGGGGCCAAGUGGUGCUGUACCGGCUGUCCUUCCGCCUGAGUGCUGAGAAUUCCAUCCAAGUUGUAGAACUCCCGGGGACUGUGUAUGAAUACCUUCUGGAAGGCCUGAAGCCAGACAGUGUUUACCUGGUCCGGAUUACUGCUGCUACCCGAGUGGGGCUGGGAGAGUCAUCGGUCUGGACCUCACAUAGGACACCCAAAGCCACAAGCGUGAAAGCCCCGAAGUCUCCUGAACUGCACUUGGAGCCACUGAACUGUACUACCAUCUCUGUGAGGUGGCUGCAAGACACCGAGGACCCGGCCACCAUUCGGGGCUACAAGCUGUUUUAUAAAGAGGAAGGGCAGCAGGAACACGGACCUAUCUUCCUUGACACUGGUGACCUGCUGUAUACGCUCAGUGGCUUGGACCCCAGAAGAAAAUACCAUGUGAGACUGCUGGCUUACAACGACAUGGAAGACGGCUACCAGGCCGACCAGACUGUCAGCACUCCCGGAUGCGUGUCUGUCCGUGAUCGCAUGGUCCCUCCGCCACCGCCACCCCACCAUCUCUACGCGAAGGCUAACACCUCCUCUUCCAUCUUCCUGCACUGGAGGAGGCCUGCGUUUACCACCGCCCAAGUCAUUAACUACACCAUCCGCUGUAACCCUGUUGGCCUGCAGAAUGCCUCACUGGUUCUCUACCUGCAAACCUCAGAAACCCACAUGCUGGUUCAAGGACUAGAACCAAACACCAAGUAUGAAUUUGCUGUCCGGCUGCACGUGGAUCAGCUGUCCAGUCCCUGGAGUCCUGUGGUCUACCAUUCCACACUGCCAGAAGCACCCACAGGCCCCCCAGUCGGGGUAAAGGUGACCCUCAUAGAAGACGACACUGCCCUUGUUUCCUGGAAACCCCCAGAUGGCCCAGAGACAGUGGUGACACGCUACACCAUCUUGUAUGCUUCCAGGAAGGCCUGGAUUGCCGGCGAGUGGCAGGUCCUACACAGAGAAGGGGCAAUCACCAUGGCUCUGCUGGAAAACCUGGUGGCAGGGAAUGUGUACAUUGUCAAGAUAUCUGCGUCCAACGAGGUGGGAGAAGGGCCCUUUUCAAAUUCCGUGGAGCUGGCUGUCCUUCCCAAGGAUGCUUCAGAAUCGAAUCAGAGGCCCAAGCGUUUGGAUUCUUCUGAUGCCAAAGUUUAUUCAGGCUAUUACCAUCUGGACCAAAAGUCAAUGACGGGCAUUGCAGUAGGCGUUGGCAUAGCCUUGACCUGUAUCCUCAUCUGUGUUCUCAUCCUGAUAUACCGAAGCAAAGCCAGGAAGUCAUCAGCCUCUAAGACAGCACAGAGUGGAACCCAGUCGUUAUCCCGAGCCAGUGCCUCUGUAGCAGUGGGGAGUGACAUGGGGAAGAACCUGGAGAGAGCUACAGAGAAUGAAGAGUCCUUGGUACCCAUGAUGCCAAGGAGCUUCAUUGAUGCGAAGGGAGGGACUGACCUGAUCAUCAAUAGCUAUGGUCCUAUAAUUAAAAACAACACUAAGAAAAAGUGGCUUUUUUUCCAAGACACUAAGAAGAUCAAAGUUGAACAGACUCAAAGAAGAUUUACUCAGGCCGUCUGCUUUUACCAGCCAGGCCCCACAGUGCUGAGCAGCAAUGCAGACUCCCCUGGCUCCCCAGGGCAGACCACCAGCUUCCCAAGACCUUUUGGGGCUACUAUGCUUGACACUGAGCAUUCAGCGAACAGUGAAAGCAGCCAUGAGACAGGGGAUUCUGGAAGGUUUUCCCAUGAGUCCAAUGAUGAGAUACACCUGUCCUCCGUUGUCAGCAGCACGCCCCCCACCUCGAAUUCCCUCGCUGGUGGUGAUUCUGAUGGGGAUGCCGCGCCGAAGAAGCACGGAGACUCUGCCCAGCCCUUGCCAGUUGAGCAGACCUCAGCCCCACAGCCAACAUCUGCAGUGCUGCGAUGUGCUGCAGAGGGUUUUCCCGUGUAGACAGCCACACUCAGGUAUUCACAGGCAUCUGUUCGAAGGACAAUGAACAGAGAGCUAAAACCUUCCGUGAAAAUCUUGAUGUCUUACUGUUCGUUGUUUGUUUUGUUUAUCUUUUUUUUUUUUUUUAAUUAUUUUUAAGCUCACGAAUUUUGAAUGUUUCAAUUGUCAACAAUGUGAAAAAGGGCAAUCAAGAUGCUUGCCUGGACCCUAAGAUAUGUCACUGGAGUGGAGGGAAGACUGCCUGAGCCCUCUGCUGAAUAGCUACCUCAGUUUGCUGUUGGCGGACUCUGAAGACAACUGUGCUGCCUUCUUGUGCUGGUUUCUCUCAGCAGCAUAACCAGCGGGACUUCCUAGUGAUGCUGUGUGUCCAUUGUGUGUGUGGUGUGUGUGACUGAAGGAGCCCGAUAGGUAGAAGAGGAAGGAUGUUGAUCUGAAGCUCUGAUUUUUUUUUUUUUUUUUCCCUUAAGAACUGUGACACCUGCAUGAUUUGGAUAACGUAACACCUUUGGCUGUGAGGAGAAAAUAUGGGAGUAUAUUUACUUGAAUAGGUGAAACAAAUACAUCCCUUUGGAGAAGAGACCCAUUCCACAGUAUAUAGGGGGUCGUGUCCUUGCAAAGCUGUUGGGUUCGGCGGCACCAGAGCAGGAGAAUUUUUUUCCAGUCUGCACCGUCCUGCCCCCAGCCUGCAAAAGCCACCUUUCCCUUUGCCCCGCAGCCAGCCAAGGGCUGCAGUGUCUUCUGUGGAAUAUCUUCAGAGUCUCCAGAGCUAGCUGCAAAAUACAGUGUAGGAAAGUGGCUUUUUUUUUUUUUUUUAAUGGUUCAGAUUUUCUUUUUUAAAAUCUCAGUUUGGCUUCAAAGGGGGCAAAGAAAGGUUAUUAAAUAUUAAGAAUGAAGAUAAAAGAAACAGUACAGAGUAAGACAAACUUGAGGUUUUCAUAACAGCAGUGCCUUCCAUUAUGAAAAGUUUUGCCUUAUACCUUUUUAAUAUUCACGAAGAUGUUUAGCAAAAAAGGUACCAAACAUUUGCCUUAAAAAAAGCUUGAUCUUAACUGAUAGCUGUUGUGCUAUCUGGCACCUUGCUCGAGUUGUUCUCAUUUUGAAGUGCAGGUUUGCU